UACCCUUUAUUCGUUUAAUGUCACGAUUCACGACAAACAUGUAACUAAUGACAUUAUUUUAUGUCCCUUUCUAUAAAUUUCUGAAACCGCUAAAUCUCAUACGUACAAAGAUAAAGGGUUAGAACAAUUUUGAAAACUCGAUUGUUGUAAUGGCUACUGUUAAACGAGUAAGAAAUAGAAAAUGCGUGCCGAUUCUAAAUACAGAAGGGACAUUUAUUAAACCGAUAAUAAAUCCUAAAUAUGAUAGUAAAGAAAUUUAUUGCCAAAAUUUACCGACGUUUCAAAGAAUGCAUUCGCAUCACACACUAUCUAGUGCCAGACGAUUUGUUGGAUAUAAACCGUUCAGUCAUCUUAUUCCCAAAGACGAACUGGAUUUUGUUUUAAACGCUUCUUUUAAUCAAACUUCGGAGGUAUUUCCCAGUACGGUAGAUAUUUAUUCCCAGCCUGAAACUAGAGGCAUUGAAACCGGCAGACAAUUACGUAAUACGAGAGAUUUAACACCUGUUAGAGAAGUGCAAGCAUCUGUCGAAGAUACCGCCGAAGAUAUAAAAAAAGAACCCGAUAAAAGAAAAGGAAAACACGUAAAAAUACCGCAUAGAUAUAAUUUUAGUCAUAAAGUUUUAAUCGGGGGUGUAACGGAUAAAAAACACCCCAGUAACAUAAAACUGAUGAAUUCUUCUCAUCACAGUCCUCAAACGAACGCAGGUUAUUCUAGACAAGAUUCUGACGGCAACGUUUAUCAAUAUUAAUAAAACUAAAUCAUAUUUUUGUAUAUAAUAAUUUGGUUUUGAUGAAUCUGUAAUAUAUUUAUUUAAGUA